AUGGCGGGGGUGGGUAAGCAGCUGUUGCUGCACAAUCUGCGGCCGGUACGCCCGUGUCCAGGCAAAAGUGCUUGGUUGGAUGCUGCAGUUCCAGGGCCUUACACGACGAUGCGCACCAUCGACGGCACUCGCAUCGUGGAAUUCCAGACACACGUCGAUCGCAUUGCGCAAACCACGCGCACUCUGGCUGAGGACAUUGCCACGGGCCGAGACCCCAAGCACCGGGUUCCCCUCGCCUCGCACUUGGUAGACACACUGACGGACCAAGGAGCCGUUCGACAGCUCGUGCUUGAGCACGCGCGCCAAGCUCUGCAGCAUUUUCACGGGCCCUGUGACACGAGUCAGGCCGUGCCAGACACCCGCCUGACGGUUCUGGUCAACUGGGAGGCCGAUGCUGAAAGCGACAAACACAUGGCCACGGCAUACAACGUCGAUGUCUUCGUAGAGGCCCUCCCCCCACGGCCUAGCCAGCCUGUCUCGGUCAUGCUGCGACGCCAGCCCGACUCGAUGACGACAAAGGAGGGCAAGGAUAGCAAGUGGAUUUCUCAGCGCAAAUACUUGGAAGCUGAGAAGGGCGAAUGCAACGAGGUCGUGCUGGUUCGGGACUCAGGGGCUUGCGUUGAAGGCACACAGACCAACUUUUUCGCCCUGCAACGCCAAACCCUGCUCACUGCCCCUGACCAGGAGGUGUUGCCGGGCACGAUUCGAAAAUUGGCCCUCGCUGGCGCCCAGGCCUUGGACGUGGCCUUGGCCAUGCAGAGCCCCAACCUGCAGGCUAUUAGCACUUGGACAUCGGCGUUCUUGAGCUCGACCUCGCGCCUGGUGCUUCCCAUCAAUAAGGUGAUUUUUGUCUCAUCACAUAUGCGUCGGCCGCUCAUACCCGCCAUGAUCAUGCUCACUGGUGCCAAUGACCGUCGCGGUGUGUGGCCGAUGGAAAAACAGAUUGUGGUCCACCCUGAAGUGCAGGCUGCGUUCCCCGAACUGCAGUUGCAAGACAUCUACCAAUUUGACGUCGACCCUAGCAUCGAACGUCUAGAUAAGUGGGUGCAGCAACACUUGCGCGAUACCGCAGAAUCGGUCUCGUUGGAGCCCUUAUCCUGA